GUAGGUCAUUGUCCGGGUAGGUCUAAGUGGUGAGGAGUGGGACCUUUGUCGUGCACCUAACACCACGAUGGAUGACUAUCCGAUGUAUGGGUUGCUUGUUGGGUUCUCCCUCUUGGGGACCCUCUUGCGUCUCCUCUUUCCUCUGGGCUUCUGGCCCACUUUCACGUGUAGAGUAGGGACCUGGGGUGGUGCUUCCACCCAGCCUUACAUGAAGGAGGAGGAGGAGAAGAUGGCCGCCAUUCUGAGAGAAAGGAAAGAGAAGAAGGAGGCCAAGAAGAAGGUCUUAAUGGAGGAGCAGGCGACCAAGUUGAAAAAACUCGAAGAGGAGGCGGCCAGGGAGAAGGAGAGAUUGAAGAAGGAAGAAGAGCAGAAGCUGAAGGAGGUGGAAGAGGAAGAGGAAGAAGAUGAAACGCCACUGCAAAGGAAGAGAGGGCCGUACAGUGGCAGUAGAGAUGAGGAGAUGGAGAAACGGAUUUCAGAGUGGGUCGCCAACUUAUCCCUGGGCGAAGAAGAAGAGGUGGCGAUGUAUAUCCCCAAGGAUAACCAGGAAGCCGCUAUGAGAGCGUGGGACGCAGAAGAAAAUCUCCUUAAACGACAGGCGUUGGAGGAUGAGAAAAGGAUGGAGUGGAAGCUGGCAGUGAUGAGGGAUAAGAAGAGGAGAGUAGACGCGGCAGCAGACGCGGCGGAAGAAUUGGAGGAGGUACAAAAGAUAGAAGAGCAAUUAGCCGCCCUGGCUGAGCUUCCAAAGAAAAUGGAGGUCAUAGCCAAAAACGUUGCACGCCUAGUACGAAUUCUGGCAGAGCAAUAUGACUUCAGUGUCAAGGCGGCAGCUCCCAAGGAGGAGGAAGCACGUCCUCGCCGGGAGCCGGUCAAAGUCAAAUUCCCCGAUUCCUACAGUGGAAAAAGGGAAGAGAACUUUGACAACUGGGAGGCCAACGUCAAGACCUAUGUGCAUCUGCAACAGGUCUCCCCAGAUCAGCACGUUCUGAUUGCGAUCCAUGCGUUUAGAGAUGAGGCCGCCAACUUUGCGAGGUCCUUAGUUCGUGCUGCCAACUGCAAUGAUGACGCAAUUGCGUACUCCUCAUUCACUCCCCUUGUCGAUUUCUUGAAGUUGUUGCGCGAGAGAUUUGCUGAUGUCGCCCGCAGCGUUAAAGCCUCAGACAGGCUGCAGACGAUCCACUCUCGCAAGUGGAAGAGUGCCAGGGCACUUAAGGGUUUCAUGGACGAGCUUGUGGCUGUUCCUGACCAUGGGGUCACAGAGACCCAACUGGUCGGCCUCUUUUACUGGGCUAUGCCCGAAGCCUUUCGAGGGCAUUUUUUCGCGAAGAGCGAAGACCCUGCCACCACAUAUGAUUCUCUUAGUCGUGAAGUGGUGGCUUUUGAAGCCAACGUUUGUGUCCACCUUCUGGCACAAGGACUUGGACAAGGGUUUGUCGUAGUUUAUCUGGACGUUAUCUUAGUGUUUAGCAAGACCCUCGAAGAGCAUCAGGGUCAUCUCAGGCAGGUCUUGGAGAAGUUGAGGGAAGCUAACUUCAAGAUCAACGCAAAGAAGUGGGAGUGGGCAAAGACCCAAGUUUUGUAUUUAGGUCAUGUCUUAGACAGAGAUGGCAUCAAGCGCGAAGACAACAAGAUUACAGCGAUUAGAGAUUGGCCGACACCGCGUACGUUGACAGAGUUGUGGUCGUUCUUAGGCCUAGCAAACUACUAUAGGGAGUUUGUGAGGAACUUCUCCACCAUCGCUGCGCCCCUUCGCAGAUUGCUCAGGAAGGAGACCAUCUGGAAGUGGGAUAAGGACUGCACGUCUGCUAUGAAGAAGUUGAAACAGGCGUUGAUAGAAUAUCCAGUCCUUAAGGUAGCCGAUCCGUCCUUGCCCUUUGUCGUCACUAGGGACGCUAGUCAGUACGGCAUAGGUGUUGUGUUGCACCAAGAUAAUGGCCAUGGUUAUAGGCCCGUAGAGUUUAUGUCCGUUAGAAUGCCUUCAGAGAAGGUCGUGACAUCUACCUAUGAGAGGGAACUCUACGCUCUCAGGCAAGCCUUAGAACAUUGGAAGCACUACUUGCUUGGGAGACACUUCAAAGUCUAUUCCGAUCAUGAGACGUUGAGAUGGUUAAAGACGCAGGCCAAGAUGACACCUAAGCUUACUAGGUGGGCCGCAGAGAUAGAUCAAUAUGACUUUGCGCUCAAGCCAGUCAAGGGAAAGUAUAACGUAGUUGCGGAUGCUCUGAGUAGGAGAGCUGAUUACUUUGGGGCAAUCGUGCAUUACCUAGACAUAGGGAAGGACCUGGAGCAGAAAAUUAGAGAAACCUAUGCGUAGGACCCUAUCUAUAGUGACCUCCUCAAGAGGGUCAAGGAGGCCCCAAAGACUGAGCCGAACUACUGCACUACUGAA